AUGUACAAGCGUGUUACGUUAGACACUACCUUCAAAUCAGUACAGCGGUACUACUACUACUACUACUACUACUACUACUACUACUACUACUACUACUACUACUACUACUACUACUACUACUACUACUACUACUACUACUACUACUACUACUACUACUACUACUACUACUACUACUACUACUACUACUACUACUACUACUACUACUACUACUACUACUACUACUACUACUACUACUACUAUCCACCAGUGAGAAUGCUGGACCAAUUGUCCAGGAUGUCGACAAUGCGAUUCAUGUUCGAACCCAGACAAAUCCACCACAUAGAGCGCCUCAGCGCCUCCCUCCAUCCCUCGCCUGUACCAUUCUUUGUUCUCCUGCAACCUCACAUCUGCGAUGCCUCGUUGCGCACCUCCGUAUUAAAAGCCAGCCACGUUCUGACGCAGCCCCUCGGACCCCGGCACAGCCUCUUCACAUCCCAUCCAAGCUUAGGGCGCGAUGCAAAUCACAACACUACCACUUUCGCCAUGAAUCAGCUGGACCGAGCACCCUGCGAUGAUCCACAUCAAAUUAAAAUCGAUCCUCAAGUUCUUCUUCGGGGAUUGAGUUUAAUUGCCAACAGCCACUCAAAAGGAGCCCACGCAAACACACCGCGCCCUGCUGCAACACAUUUGCCCACUCAUCUCCUCGACGCCAAGGCGAGUUCCCCCUCCCCAAACAAUCCGAUUUCCUGCCGCUAG